AUGGGCGUCAAGGAGUCCGUGCAUCACGGCGAGGAGGACAAUAUCACACUGGCCGUGGCCGAGGCCGACAAGGACAAGGGGGCAGAGCCGAUGGAGGUCGACAUGCCCCAGGCUGCAUCAGAAGAGCCUCUCGGUGCAUAUGGUGAGGACAGCAGGCGGAGGGGCGGCUCUCGAGGGCGGCGGAUGGGCGAGGCAUGAGGGACGGCACACCCCACUCUCACCCUCACGACGGCAUUGAUGCAAUGCAAGUGGAGCGCAGUCAUCACAGCCGCCACCUGACGCAGCGCACAACGAGUAUGAUACGGCGGCGGACCACCGGGUGAUGGCGACAAUGGAGACAGGCGAGACGGUCGGAGAGCAAGAAGCCGACAGCAAGGAGAUGGCCCUUUGUCCGUAGACGAGUCUGCCGCCGUGCCCAAGCAGAGGCCGAGUUGGCUGUGCCUCUUUUCCCCGAGCCACAGGACGAGCACAACAGGGGACGGGGCUCACGGGGCGGAGCGACGGUGCAGAAGGGCGACACUCGGAUGCCUCGGCAGAACAGACAGAGCUCAUCGAGGGCGACCACCGACACCCCAGUCUGCAGCCCCCAUGGCCGCUCUGA